UCCAAAUCCACCACCACAUUUCGCAGCACUCCUCCUCUUCUCCCCUCUCCCACCCCCGACAAGGACCAGACACCACCAAAAAUGGUCCGCAAACUCACGCAACUCGCCAAAAAAGUGCCCACCCGGCCGGAAGGCUGGGUCGGUCCCGGCGCUCCUCUGGAGGCGCGCAAACAGGUCUUUCUUCCCGACUUCACGAUCGCCCUCAUCCGCACCCCCUUCCUCCCGCCUCGCUACGCCUCCUUCUACGUGCCGCUCAACCUCAACAAGCUCGACAUGCGCGACUACCUGCAGCGCGCGUACGGGGUCGGCGUGCUGGCCGUGCGCAGCUUCGUCGAGCAGCAGAAGGUCACCCGCAUGAAGUCGCGGGGCCGGUUCGGGUACGGUCCGCUGCGCCGUCCGCAGAGCAAGAAGCGGAUGACCGUUGAGAUGAAGGAGCCGUUUGUGUGGCCCGAGGCGCCUAAGGAGAUGGAUAAGUGGGAGAAGGACCAGUACUACAAGGCCGCCAAGUGGCAGCAGGAAAUGCAGGACGCCCAGAAGCCCGAGGCUGGCAUGUUGGCCCCCACCAAGGAGCGCGAGUCGUACGCCGCCGAGGCCGAGAAAAUCCUCAGCGGCGAGAAGCCCUGGCGCCCGACUUGGCAGGCCCUGGGGUUGAAUUACGACCGCGCGGUGCGUGGGAAGGCGGCUACUAGUCCUAAGGAUGGGUCGAGGUCGUGAGUGUUGAGGUGAGGUUUGAGGGUUGUUUGGGGUGGAUAUGAAUGGGUUGGGUACACUGAAUGGAUGGUACCCAAGGAGAGGAUGAAAGGCGGCGAAAAAUCCUAGACUUGGGGAACAGGGCUGGCUUGUUCCUUUGGGGUUAUGUAUUUUCUUCUGGGGGUUUUUUCUUUCAUGGUCGCGCUGUAUUAUAUCGCUUUGGG